GGGGCGCCGCAGCCCGUUUUGAGGCGCAAGGGGCAGCCCCCACGUGGCCGCGCGGACUCCCUCCGGAAGUGCCGGAGUUCAGAUGCUGUGCGACCGCGCACGCGGGGCGAGCAGCGCCCUCUCUGAACCUCCGGCUUCUCCCGUCUAGUGGGGCCCCAGUGCACUUGCAAGUGGAGAGACCUGACGACACCCCACCCCCAAGCGCCCCACUCACGCUGUUGUGAUUCCUAAACCAUCGUGCCCGGAACUCAGUGAAGCUCCCAGAACGUAUUACAUUGUAUUAAAAUGGCUUGUUUAUCUCCACGUUGCAUCAAUGCCCUCGGGGCCAGGAUCCUCGGUUGCCAGACUUCCCGGGACCACUUGGAAUGCCUCCUCCACCUCGGACUAGCAGUGGCCUUUGGCCUCAGUCUCCCCAGUUGACAAAGGGGGGGUAAUCUGCGCCUCCAGGACUACUUUGUGAAUUACUUAAGGAGCGGGCUUGAGGCCAGGACUCUCCUGCACUGCUACAUCCCCAUCCCCAUAGCAAAGGCUACAUUUUAUUUACUAUCAUUUAUAUUUGCCUUGUGUUUUUCCCAGAUCUAGGUGCAAACAGCACCUGAAAAGCGUUUGUUGAUUUCAUGAGAGGCAAGGGGUCCCUUACUCUCUCCUCCUCUCCCUCUUCACGCUCUCUGGUUCCCUGCCACUUACCCCACCCCCGACUCCAGGUCCCGGAAAAUUUGCCAAGGGUUUGGGGGAACAUUCAACCUGUCGGUGAGUUUGGGCAGCUCAGGCAAACCAUCGACCGUUGAGUGGACCCUGAGACCUGGAAUUGCCAUCCUCCUGCCGGUGACUCUGACCUUCCACAUCUAGGGGGGCCAGGGGAGCCCCCAAUCCAGCCUGGGCACCUCCCCUCCCCUAGGCCACAGCCAAGGUCACAAUCAACAUUCAUUGUUGUCGGUGGGUUGUGAGGACCGAGGCCAGACCCACCGGGGGAUGAAUGUCACUGUGGCUGGGCCAGACACGGCUUAAGGGGAAUGGGGACUGGGGACAGGACCCCCCACCGCCAAAGUCACUCAGCCUGUUUUCUGCCCUGACUCCAACCACUCCUCUUUGGAGACGAGGGCUGGUGUCAGGGAUCUGGAUGGACUCUGGCUGGAUUUGGGACUAAAUAUUAGAGGGCUGGGGGUAAACAGGCUGGGGCAGGGAAGCUAAAAAUCUCUCUUCUUUUUUUUUUUUUUAAGACAGAGUCUCACUCUGUUGCCUAGGCUGGAGUGCAGUGGCCCAAUCUCAGCUCACUGCAACCUCUGCCUCCAGGGUUUGAGUGAUUCUCCGGCCUCAGCCUCCCAAGUAGCUGAAAUUACAGGCAUCUACCACCACGGUGGGCUAAUUUUUGUAUUUUUAGUAGAGACGAGAUUUCACUGUGUUGGCCAGGCUGGUCUCAAACUCCUGACCUCAAAUAAUCCUCCCACCUCGGCCUCCCAGAGUGCUGGGAUUACAGGCAUGAGCCACUUUGCCUGGCCUAAAAUCCCUUUCUGAAAUGUGGGUGGUAAGUUCUGCUCCCUGGAGUGCUCCAUAGUUUUGUUUUUUAAAUUAGAGACAGGAUCUCGCUCUUGUCACCCAGGCUGGAGUGCAAUGGUGCGACUUUAGCUCACUGCAGCCUCUAAUAACUGGAGUCAAGCGUUGAUCCUCCCGCCUCGGCCUCCCCAGUAGCCAGAACCACGGGCACGCUCCACCACACCCAGCUUAUUUUGAAAAAGUGUUUUUGUAGGAACAGGGUCUCAAAACGUUGCCCAGGCUGGUCUCCAACUCCUGGGUUCAAGCAAUCCUCCCUCGGCCUCUCAAAAUGAGCCACAAUGCCUGGCCAAUAAAAGUUUCUUAAAUGAAUGGAUGGGUGGAUGAGCUGUGUAAGCAGCACAGCCUCUCUCCUCUGUGUCCAAGUCCUGAGCACACCCUACCCUCCUGGGACUGAGCUCAGAUCUCAUCUGGGGGAGGACAUUGAAGACCUGUAGGUACUAGGGGCCCCCUCCUAACAGCCCAACUUGCUAUCCCCCACCUCCCGACUCCAAAGGGUUCUUUCUCACCCCUCUGCAGCCCCCGCCAGGAAAGGGCUCCCUCCCCAGCACCUAGCCUCAGGGGGCCCCAGUAACUAGAAUAAGGAGGCAGAUCUGGUGCUUUUUUGUUGUUGUUGUUGUUGUGUUGUUGUUUUGAGACAGAGUCUUACUCUGUCACCCAGGCUGGAGUGCAGUGGCUUGAUCUUGGCUCACAGCAACCUCUGCCUCCUGGGUUCAAGCAAUUUCUUCUGCCUCAGCCUCCUGAGUAGCUGGGAUCACAGGCACCCACCACCAUGCCCAGCUAAUUUUGUGUGUGUGUGUGUAUUUUUAGUAGAGACAGGGUUUCACCAUGUUAGCCAGGCUGGUCUCGAACUCUUGACCUCAGGUGAUCUGCCUGUCUUGGCCUCCCAAAGUGUUUGGAUUACAGGCAUGAGCCACCACCCCCUGGCCUGGUGCAUGUCUUUAUAAAUAACUGGAUGGGCAGGUGACCUCACACCUCAGUUUGCUCGGUCAUUAAAUGGGGGUUCCACUAAGACAACUGAUGUGAAAACUCUUGGAGGGAGACCAGAGCUGGGGCGGGGGGGGGGGGCGGGGGGCAUGUAUCCUUCUGCCCUACCCCCGCAACCAGCCCAUGAGCCUGGGACUACCACACUCCUUUCAGAGACAGCUGGAGCAUCAGCAACCUCCCCCCGGACACACACACACACACACACACAGAACCCAGGGGCACCUGGCCACUCCCCCGCCCAGGGGAAGGAAGAAAAGUUAUAAAGAAGUUACUAAGUUAACUUCUUUAAGUUACUGGUAACUGCUAGUCUUUGGGGGUGGGGUCGCCAACCCAUUCUCCCCAUCCCCCAGUGGGGCUGGAGGGCUAAGGACUCCUAGCAGGAGGGGAGGCAGGGCAGCCCCCCAGUUCCCUGGAGGUGUGUACAUGGGGGUGUGGUGCACAUAGCAGGAUGCCCCCACACACACCCUGUGUCCUGUAGUCCCCCGGCACAGCCAGAGGCCAUACAGCCCUUUAGGAGGAGCAUUAGUGGGGCACCAGGGCCCCCCCACCCCCUCCCCGUGGCAAUAAGGAACCUCCCACAGCCUGCUCCUCCCCCUUCACACCCCCUUGGAGGUAAAAGGAGGGUCGGCCAGCACAGACUCCCAGGCUCCGGAGAGGGGAAGGAAGGGGCAGCAGAGAGGGGUCAGGAGGAGGGAGCUUAAGCCAGGUAGGGUUACUUGUCUCUGUGACUCCCUCCGCCUGGCACAUGCUGCCCAGCUAUGGGGACCUUUGACCUAUGGACAGAUUACCUGGGUUUGGCACACCUGGUUAGGGCUCUGAGUGGGAAAGAGGGUCCUGAGACCAGACUGAGCCCCCAGCCAGAGCCAGAGCCAGUGCUGGAGCCGGUGUCAGCGCCGGAGCCGGUGUCAGCCCUGGAGCCGAUGCCAGCGGCGGAGUCGGUGCCAGUGCCAGGACCCAAGGAUCAGAAGCACAGCCUGGAGUCCUCACCAGCUCCCGAACGCCUGUGUUCUUUCUGCAAACACAAUGGCGAGUCCCGGGCCAUCUACCAGUCCCACGUGCUGAAGGAUGAGGCCGGCAGGGUGCUGUGUCCCAUCCUGCGGGACUACGUGUGUCCCCAGUGCGGCGCCACGCGUGAGCGCGCCCACACCCGACGCUUCUGCCCACUUACUGGCCAGGGCUACACCUCCGUCUACAGCCACACCACCCGAAACUCGGCAGGCAAGAAGCUGGUCCGGCCUGACAAGGCGAAGACACAGGACACAGGCCACCGCCGAGGAGGAGGAGGAGGAGGAGCAGGUUUCAGAGGUGCCGGGAAGUCUGAGUCUUCGCCCUCCUGCUCUCCCUCCAUGUCCACCUAGGAGGCUGCCUACACCUGGGCAAGGGCACCCGGGCUCGGCUGGAUUUCCAGGAAGACCCACCCUAUGACGACUGCCCCCACUCCCAGAUCCUCCCCCAGCCUGGGAUUGAGCCCUGGGGAUGACCCGGGGUUGGCAAGGGAACAGCUGAAAUCGCCCCGUCCUUGGGGACCCCGCCCUUUGUACCGUCUGCCGUCUCCCCAGUGUUGGGCAUCCAGUCAGCCCUCAAUAAAUGCUUAUGAAUGGAUCAACAACA